CAUCCAUUUCUCACAAAGCAUUUGUGGGCGCAAUUCGUGUCAUAAAUUAAUGUUUGAUUGGCUUACAAGAGCUAUUUAACUUUUUCUGUUUUACUGCCAUGGCAAAAUGGUCACUUUUAUUUUUAUACUUCUUCCAAGGACUAUUUCCUUUCAUCUUUGGGCAGCAACAGCAGCGCACGGCUGGCCCCUGGCGACACCGAAUUCAGUGGGAGAGCAACGGGCAGGUUUAUAGUCUAAUGAGUACUGGGUCAGAGUACCAGGCUGCAGCUCGGUCAAGAAGCCAGUCGAGGGUUUAUUUGAGCAGCAGGGGAGAUGGCACCAGGACUCAUGUGCAUAGCGAAGCGAUGCAUGUAAGAACCGGACAAGGUGAGUCUAGACACUUUAGAAGUGGUCAAGGUGUAGAGCGAGGAUCUUUUACACCUGAACACGAUGGUAGACAGUUUGUUUCUGUUAACGCUCGUGCGUUAGGGUCCAGACCGCCGCCCCAGCACUCACAUGGAGCUAGAGCUGCAGGUUUUCCAGGCGCACGACGCUUUAACCCUGAACCCACCAACAGCAUCAACGCCUCUGCGCCGGGAAGUCUGACAGAUCUCUCAGGCAGCAGAGGAGGUGUCAGCGUGGCUACUACUGCACUACACACCAGAGAAGGAGAACCGGGGCCCGGUGCGCAAUACCAAACGUUACAGGCAAGAGCUGUCUCCAGAGAGCCAGCACGGACAGAUUACUCCACAUCUCGAAAUCCCAGAAUUUUGGAGAGAGACUCUGGCUCCCUUGCUCCAUCACCCGUUCUUACGGAGGAUGUUUCAAAUUACGCAGCUACGAAUGGAGAUGACAUGGUUAACGACGACCCUGGAAACCCGUUAAAAAACCACGUCUUCUACAACUUGUAUCCCACAAGACCGAGGUCAGUAGCGCGCCGCCCGCCUGGCACAGGUUAUGGAACAAGAUAUUUCCAAAAUGGACUGCCAGACCUUGUGCCAGACCCAUAUGCCAUCCAAGCAGGUGCUUAUAUCCAGCGCAUGCAGAUGUAUGCACUCCGGUGUGCAGCUGAAGAGAACUGUCUGGCCAGGUCAGCUGAUGGACCCGCCGUGCGAGACAUUGACUUCAGAGUCCUCCUGCGGUUCCCCCAGAAAGUGAAGAACCAAGGCACCACCGACUUCCUCCCUGUCAAGCCGAGACAUCAGUGGGACUGGCACAGCUGCCACCAACACUACCACAGCAUGGACGCUUUCAGUAGCUAUGACCUGCUGGAUGUCAUCACUGGACGUAAAGUGGCCGAGGGACACAAGGCCAGUUUCUGCCUUGAAGACACAAGCUGCGACCCUGGAUUCAGACGGCGCUAUGCUUGUACAUCUCAUACCCAGGGGCUGAGCCCGGGAUGCCAUGACAUCUACGCUGCCAAUAUUGACUGUCAGUGGAUCGACAUCACUGAUGUACCUCCUGGGAACUACAUCUUGAAAGUUACCGUCAAUCCCAAUUUGCUUGUGCUGGAGUCGGAUUUCACCAACAACAUAGUGAGAUGUGAUAUCACAUACACAGGAAUGUAUGUUCAGAUACGCCACUGUCGAGUAAGCAGGGGUUGAAAUCUUCGUUUCUAAGUGGUACCUGCAGGAGUUUUGCAGCAAACAUCUCUCCCUGUACUGCACAACAACAUCAACUAAAAGUGUAACUGGUGAAGUGUUUAAGACAGCUGUAAUUCUGAGCUACAUUCCUGUGUUGCAUUCAUUGUUGUUAAAUGAAUGCAAAUGUUUACACCAUUUUGUAAA